AUGGAUCUAUAUGGUAUCGCUGGAAAACAAAAUUUCGAAAAAAUAACCUCUAGAAAUUAUCAGAAAGCUUUCGAUGAAACCGGUGAAGCUACAUCAAGGAAGAAGUUACACACUGAUAUUCAAGCAUUAAUAAAUUAUCUCGAAAGACAAAAUAAUAUCAUUCCAACGUUUAUUCAAGGAUAUUUCAAAAGUGACAAAAUUUCUCAAGAGCUUAUUCAAGCAGUACUAAAAUUUCGUGACAAUGUUAGUACGGAGAAAGAUGAUAAGCGUGAAUCACAGGACUACUCCGUAUCUUCUGUAUCUAAGAAUCCGAGCUCACAGCUCACUUCCUUUCGUAAUACAAGCGAUAUCGAAGUGAGACUCGAAAGUGGGUUCUCUCAUCUGGAACGUGCGUUGAGGACACUUUUCGAACAUUGCAAGCAACUGCCAGCUGAAUCACUUUUACAUGCAUGGGUUAUUGACUUGGAUGAUCGGGAAGCAGGGAUGAGAAUCGAGUUCGAGUUAGGACGGACGAAUCUAGUGCAACACCAAAUCGAUACCGGCGAUAAGAGACCAAUCCGACAAAAAGCUUAUCGAGCAACUCUGCCGGACCAAGAAUUCAUCCACGACGAAGUACAACGAAUGCUGAACGCCGGAAUCAUACGACGAUCUAACAGCCCCCUGUCGUAA